AUGCGCCGCACUUUGCAGUUUUCGGUUAGAGAGCACGCAUAUUGGAGAGACACCGACACACAGCGAAGGAAAACAAAUAAACGGAGAGAAAAGGGACAGUAA